AUGUCACCAGCGAUCUUCGACUCGAGGAGAAGCGCCUCUGUUUCUGCCGGAGACCAUGAGCGCCGCAAGUCUGGAAGCGGCUUUCUUUUCUUGAACAACAGAUUCAAGAGGUACGUUUUACUUUUCUCUCUCUCUCUAAUUUCUGAGUGUUCUCCUUCUUUUGUUUGUUUGUUUUCCCCAUUUGGGUACACAAUCGAGUUGUCCCGGACACGAGAAAGAUAUCCUUCUUCACCGCCAUUCAUCUUCUCUUCAAACCACCCUUGCAAGUGGCCAGCAUCUUCUCGCUACCCCUGGCCUUUUUUAUGCUGGACCCUUUUUGCCCCGCUUCUACAGGCCUGCGAGAUCUCCACCGCGAUGCCUGCUCUUCCUGCUUUUUCUCCAACGGCCGCCAACUGUAUGUUUCGGGGUCUGUCGAGUUGUCAAGCCCCUGCAUGUCUUUGA